CGAAGCCGGUUAUCUAAAAAUAAAAAAACUGUCUGGAACGGGUCACAGAUAGGCUGGUACUGUAGGCCUACUGUUGUAGUUGGGAAUACGACUACACACAUUCUGUGAAAUACCUUCUGUGAUAUACCUUAGAGACAGUAUGGCGAAGAUACAGACAGUGCUGGGUCUGAUAGAGCCGAGUGAGGCUGGAGUAACCAUGUGCCAUGAACAUCUCAAGAUGGAGUUUCACACGAUGUACACGCCACAUCCUGACCCUAAAAUACAAGAUCAGAAGAAUGAUGACAUCACAAUGGAAAAUCUGUGGUGGAUACGUCAGCAUCCAUACAGCAGUAUGAAAAACCUCUAUCUGAAUGAUGUACAGGAAGCUGUAGUGGCCGAGAUGGAAUAUUACAAGAGUAACGGAGGAGGGACGAUCGUGGAUAAUACAACCAUCGGUAUAGAACGAGAUAUCAACUUCCUCCAGAAAGUGUCAAAGGAGACCGGGGUCAAUGUAGUGUCUGGCAGUGGAUAUUAUGUAGAAUCGGCCCGACCAGAAACCGUUGCCAUGACAGUUGAGGAAAUGGCUGAGGUGAUGACGACAGACAUCACGAGCGGCUGUGAUGAUACCGAUAUUAAAUGUGGAUGUAUUGGAGAGAUUGGUUGUUCCUGGCCACUGGGCCCAUCUGAGAAGCGGGCGGUCCAGGCAUCUGGAAUGGUACAACAGGACCUCGGAUGUCCCGUUAUUUUUCAUCCUGGUCGUCAUCCUGAUGCACCGUUUGAAUUGGUGCGUAUUUACCAGGAGGCUGGUGGCAGAGUAGACAAGCUCAUCAUGUCUCACUUAGACAGAACGUUCACUGAUGUGGAUCGCCUCAUCGAAUUUGCCAGACUAGGCUGUUAUUGUGAAUAUGACCUGUUUGGGGUGGAAAAUUCACAUUACCAGUUUAGCGAAAAUUUAGACAUGCCAAAUGAUGCGGAAAGGAUUCGAAGAAUCAAGUCUCUUGUAUAUGCAGGGUUUGAAGACCGGAUUACGAUAGCCCACGAUAUUCACACUAAGAACCGGCUGAUGAAAUAUGGUGGCCAUGGAUUCUCCCAUAUAUUGUUGAAUAUCCUUCCAAAGAUGCAGCAACGAGGAAUUUCCAAAAAAGUUGCAUACAAAAUGGUAGUAGAGAAUCCUAAGAGAUGGCUGGCAUUUAUUCCUCCCAACUGAUAACCAGCAAAAGAUGUCUCAUCAUCAGACAGACAAUUAACAAUCUACAUCUUAUCCACCAAACUCAUAAUCAGCAAAGGUCACUGGUUUUGCUGCAGAUUUAAACUUUUGUGGAAAAGUUUAAAGUGAUUUUUUUUUUUAAACGCAACAAAAUUGGAAUAAAAAUUUUAAAAUGAA